GUUGUGACAGCGCUGUCAAAGGUCCAAUUAAUAAAACGAUUGAAUUGUUAUGUUUACGUAUGUCGUAUAAUCAGAAAUUUUAGUAUAUUUUCAAUCGAUUUUCUUGGUGUUUUCGACCAAAAUAUUAAACAAAAAAAUUGUGUUGCAUCUGCAUAGAUUAUUCGCACCUUGAAAUAACUGAGCAAAAUUCAUUUAAUUUGGCUCUAAACGACGCGCAACUAAAUAACGCAAUAACAAUGUCGAAUCCAGAAGUAACCCAAGUGAUGUCUUUGCCUUUACCACCGGCACAAUAUUUCAAUUUAUACACGGAUGAGAAUAUUCGAAAGAAUCGGGUGCCAAAACCACCGCCACCAAUAUUGGACACAUAUCAAAUGUUUGGCAAUACAUUUAACAACGAAGAAAUGAUCCGGUCACUUGAGUCACAAGGCAUUCGCCGUCUGAUACCACAACAUUUUGAUCGACGCAAAGAAUUGAAGAAACUAAAUCAUUCGCUAUUUGCAAACUUUUUGGAUUUAAUUGAUUUGCUCAUUCAUUAUCCGGAUAGUCCGAAGCGUACGGAGAAAAUUGAAGAUUUAAGCCUGCUAUUUGUCCAUAUACAUCAUUUGCUAAAUGAAUUUCGGCCGCAUCAAGCACGUGAAACAUUACGCGUUCUCAUGGAAGUACAAAAGCGAAAGCGAAUCGAAACGGCACGACGCUUUCAAAAACAUUUGGAAAAGGUUCGAGAAUUGGUUCGCAAUGCAUUCGCACAGUUACCCGAUAUUACAGAAACCGAAUGCAAAAUAGCCGACAUUAUAGCUGGUAUCAAUGAACCACCACCACCAAGUACCAACGAAACAACUGCUGAACACUGCGAUCCCAUGGAUAGAUUAAUGUGUGACAUUGUUGAUAACAUGUAGAGAUUCAUCAAAUAUUAUUGUAAUACACACAAAUUAUUGUGAAAAUUGAA